AUGGACCACGAGAAGGUUCUCCCGCCUGAUGAGAAGACCAGCGUCCCGCACCCGACCGUCGAAAGCCAGAGCGAAGAUGUCGCUGAUUGGCGUGACCAGGAGGACUUCAUGACCCGUAACGGUCUGAACAUGAAGUCUUUCCAGCGUCGUCCCCAAGACGGCCCCAUGGUCGUCCUCGACAAGUCCAUGAAGACGCGCCAUCUUCACAUGAUCGCCAUCGGUGGUUCCAUCGGUGCUGGUUUCUUCGUCGGUUCCGGUGGUGCCUUGGCCAAAGGUGGUCCUGCCUCCGUCCUGAUUGAUUUCUCAAUUAUGGGUAUAAUGAUCUUCAACGUCGUCUACGCUCUUGGUGAACUCGCUGUUAUGUACCCCGCUGCUGGUGGUGUCAUUGGCUCCUGGAUCGGUCUCUUCAUUAUCAUGAUUGUCCUGAUCGCUCAGUUCUACACUGCAGUUUCUCCCAUUGGCAAGAGACUUGAGGGUGGCGCCUUCCGGACCACAACCCAUUUCGACUUGAUUAAGGAAGGAUACUCGGCUGUGACUGUUGGCAACGGCGUAGUACCGGCGGGUCCGGAGCCUCCGAUCAUGCCAUUGUAA